UAAAUUACUCGCUUUCACGUCAGAUUUAGCUCUCGUUCACAUAAGGAAUUUAUACAAAUUCGUGCGAUCCUUCGGCACGGCAUUGUUGAUAUUUUUCCGUAUGGGGUGUUUCUCGCUUUGAAUGGAUAACAGCGAUCGUUUUCAUUGACCGCACUCGAUCGUAAACAAAUUUCCUACCGAAGCGACAUUCGACCCUGAUCCCUGAUUCUCACUGAUUAGUUUUGCCCUUUGGACUUACAGCAAUUAAAAUAAAAUGAUGGACGAGGAGUCAAAGUCAACAGAAGAAGCCCCCCAGGCUUGCUGUGGUGCAUUUUGUGAAAACCGUCACUUAGAAAGCAUUGGUGGAAUCAACACAAUUAACCACACAUGGCGGAUGAAAGAAAGAAUGAAAACAGUGAGCGUUGCUCUUGUUCUGUGCCUAAACGUCGGCGUCGACCCGCCAGACAUAGUGAAGACUCAGCCUUGUGCCAGGCUGGAAUGUUGGAUAGACCCUUUGUCAAUGAGCCCACAAAAAGCUCUUGAAAGUAUAGGUGCUAGUUUGCAAAGCCAGUACGAACGUUGGCAGCCAAGAGCCCGUUACAAGCAGAGUCUUGACCCAACUAUGGACGAAGUAAAAAAACUCUGCACAUCCUUGAGACGCAAUGCCAAGGAGGAGCGGGUCCUUUUGCACUACAAUGGCCACGGAGUGCCUCGGCCUACUGCCAACGGUGAAAUCUGGGUCUUCAACAGAACCUACACUCAAUACAUCCCCCUGUCUGUGUACGACUUGCAGACGUGGAUGGGUUCUCCGUCGAUAUAUGUGUAUGACUGUUCUAACGCUGGGAUGAUUGUAAAAACCUUUAAUAACUUUGCUGAUCAGCACGAAAAAGAAUUUGAGAUGUGCCAUAACAGAGGGAAUGGCGCACAGGCUGUUAGCUACCGAAACUGCAUUCAAUUAGCUGCUUGCGCUGAAAAUCAAAUUUUGCCUAUGAACGCUGAGUUACCUGCUGACUUAUUCACUGCCUGUCUCACUACACCAAUUAAAAUUGCAUUACGAUGGUAUGUCAUGCAGAAUAAGCAAAUACUAAUGCCAAACGUCACACUUGAUCUCAUAGAAAAGGUACCAGGACAGUUGAGCGAUAGACGAACCAUGUUGGGAGAGCUCAACUGGAUUUUCACGGCCAUUACUGACACCAUUGCGUGGAAUAUCUUAUCAAGAGAACUUUUCCAAAAACUUUUCCGCCAAGACUUGCUGGUGGCUAGUCUAUUCCGUAAUUUCCUACUAGCUGAGAGAAUUAUGAGGUCAUAUGACUGUGUUCCUGUUUCAUCGCCUAGUCUACCACCAACCUAUCAACACCCAAUGUGGCAAGCGUGGGAUUUGGCUUUGGAUUUAUGCUUGAGUCAACUGCCUGACAUUUUAAACAAUGACACGCCAUUCGAGCAUUCAAAUUUCUUUGAAGAGCAGCUGACUGCCUUUGAGGUUUGGCUAGCCUUAGGAUCUGAAGAGAGGAGUCCUCCAGAGCAGCUUCCUGUUGUUCUUCAAGUGUUGCUAAGCCAAGUUCACAGAGUCCGAGCGCUAGAUCUGCUAGGCAAAUUCCUCGAUCUCGGACCAUGGGCUGUAAAUUUGGCAUUAUCAGUUGGAAUAUUUCCAUACGUCUUAAAGUUACUCCAAAGUUCAGCAAAGGAAUUGAGGCCAUUGUUAGUGUUUAUCUGGGCCAAAAUUUUAGCCGUGGACAGAACCUGCCAAUCUGACCUUGUUCGGGACAACGGGCAUAAAUAUUUUCUAUCGGUUUUGCAAGAUUACACGAUGAGUAGCGAGGAUCGUACAACCGCUGCAUUUAUUUUGUCGUGCAUGGUUCAAGAUUACCCUCCUGGACAGGAACUGGCUCUUCAAGGCUCAUUAGUCUCAAUUUGCUUGGAGCAGUUGGGCGACAGCCACGCUCGUCUGCGCCAGUGGCUUGCUUUGGCCUUGGGCCGUCUCUGGGAAAAGUAUGAGGCAGCUCGAUGGUGCGGCGUCCGUGACUCGGCACAUGAAAAGCUUUACACAUUGCUCAAAGACCCUGUGCCAGAAGUUCGAGCUGCAGCUGUUUAUGCCUUGGGCACAUUCAUAGCAAGUGCAACUGAAAGGAGUGAACAUGCCAAUAAAAUUGAUCACAAUGUUGCAAUGACACUCAUUACAACUGUCGGCCAGGACAUGAGUCCAUUAGUUCGAAAGGAAAUCGUGAAUUCGUUGCAAUGGAUUGUUUUAAUUUUUGAAGCGUCUUUCUGCUCAAUCGCUCAGCAAUCUCAGCUGGAAGACAAUAAAUCUCUUCGUGACGACGCCCUCAGUCCUCAGCCAGCUCAAACUGAAAGUAGCGUGCUAUCUCCCCUAAGUGGAAUGCGUCGUAUUGCAUCCCGUGACCGUCUAAAACAUUUCUCACCCAGCAACCUGUUUGGUCUGGAACCAACCACAGUUGGUGGCCUUUCAAUUGACAGCACCCCUGACAAAUUAAAACGAGUGUCAUCUUCCUCAUCCAUAAGUAGCCUUGGCAGCAGCAUGUCUCAUGCAAAUAAUGCGUCAACCACAACAAGUGUUUACUUCAAGCAGUGGCACGCUCUAGGAAUUUUGGAACACGAUCCUCACCCUGAGGUUGCAAUUAUGGCAAGGAAAGUUAUGGAUCACAUAAGAGAACAAGUGCGAGAAAAUAUGGCAAUAAAAGAGACUCUUGUUGGAACAUUUUCUUCUUCUCCUGCAGCUUCACCCUCUGGAAAAGUGACCUUCAUGGUGAGUGAAUCGCCACCGACCUCUAGUGAUUCUUACAUAGCCCGUUUAAACAGAAGCCAUGCACUGAGAAGAAAACCAAAUACAGGCACGAUCAGCGAGGAAGGCACAAACGAAGUUCGCACUGGACUGAAAGAACUUGUCCACACACAGUUUUUGGACUGGAGCAGUCGAUAUUUUGCCCAGCCAAGCAUUGGCCUGAAGGGCAGCCCUGAGAUGAUGGAAUUAGAAUGCAAUAUGGAAUUCCGUAUGCUCAGAAAUGCGGAAGUUGAGCAAGAGGCAGAUGAGGAGCGUUCAAAAGUUUUUUCAUCACGAAUUGAAUCGCUUCUUUUCCAAGGAAGAAGUUCGGGUGGUGUAUCUUGCAUUGCCUUACACUCUUAUGAGCCAUUGGUAACUGUUGCUGGAAAAGACACCUUCGGCGUGUGGGACUGGCAGGCCGGUUCUAAAAUUUGUUAUUGUUCAAAUCGCAAUGCGAGAGGAUCAAAAAUUUCUUGCAUUGCUUUGCUGAACGAAGCAGAAGCUUUUCCGUUGCUCCUUGUGGGAGCUGAUGAUGGCAACAUUAAAAUUUGGAAGAACGUUUUUGGCAACAACAGAGAAGCAGCACUCGUCACUGCCUGGCAGGGUCUGACUGACCCCAUUAACACUCCACCUGUGACCCAGCACCACCAAAAACAUCACGCUGGCCUUGUUGUUGCGUGGAUGCAAAAACACCAGCGAUUGGCGGUUGCUGGUGACCAGGCUCCCAGAGUUAUCAGAUUAUGGGACGUUGCAACCGAAAAGAGAAUCCACGAUCUGCCCACAGGAACCAACAGCUCAAUGGUCACAUAUCUGACUCCGGACUACACAGGGGCAUCUCUCCUUGCUGCGGGCUGUGAUGAUGGCUCCGUUCGGUUAUUUGAUUGGCGAUUGUCACCUCAAGAAGCGAGGAUUAUGACCUGGCGCGAACAUACCACUUGGAUAGUGGGACUAUCUUUAAGGAAACCCACUUCUGUAGGAGGCCUUGUAUCAGGAUGUGUUGCCGGAGACGUUAAACUUUUUGACCUUCGCCGUCACAGUGCCAUUGCAAGUAUCCAGACCACCCAUGGUAUGACAGCAAUGGCCGUGCACCAAAACGCUGAUAUUUUUUGCUGUGGUUCUGUGAAUCAGUACAUUGGAGUCUACCCAAUUCCUGGGAGCACCAACCUUGGGAGUGUGUCGGAUAUUGGCUCCAUACGUUAUCAAGAGGGUUUCCGAGGACAACGACUAGGACCCGCCUCCUGCCUUACGUUUCACCCUCUUCGAAUCCUGCUCGCUGCUGGCUCAGUGGACAGCUCUAUUAGGGUUUACAACCAAGACUAUGCUCGUAGAUGAAAAACGCUUUUGCUGCCGGAAAACUUCAAUUUCUAUGACUCUUUUUGGGGCACUGAUUUGAUUGUGUGAAGACAACUCAAAUCCCUCCGAUUCUAAUUUGACCCCAUCAUACAUACAUAUUAGCAUUGGUUCAUAUUGAAACAAUUUUUUUUGCAGAUGUUUAAAUUUAUUUUAAAAUUUUUCCAAAGUCUUUUGUCAAAAAUCAUGUUCUUAAAAGUUGAUUUUAAAACAGUAAAAUUACCUUAUUUUGAAACUAGGAUUUUUCAUAUCAAUUCUAUGCUUUCGAGAUUUUCUUUUAUUUGGAUAUUCCUUUUAUAAAUUUUUUUAAUCAUGAAUUUUACUCUGGUUGAGUGCCAUUUACUUUAAUCUAGAAAUUUAUGAUUUUCGAAAAAAUGCCAUAAGCAUCAGUCUUAAAGCCUUGCAAAUCACGCCGAUAAUCGCAGUAGUCUUUAUAUUAGUUUGGAUGAAUUAUAUAAAUCGUCUAUAGACCUCUACUGUUAUUAAAUUGUUGAAUUUCAAGAACUUAUAAAAUUUGUUUACAACAGAAAUGAACAGAAACAAGUCACAGUAGAUUUAAAAAUUUAUUUUAUGAUGAUUAAAUAAAAACAGCUCAUCACAGUUGAA